GCUCAGAAACUGCCAGCCGAGAUCGCAGGCUCUAGGGCUGAGCCGGAGGAGGGAAAGGCUGGAAGGAAGAGAGACAGCUUAGAGGGAAAGAGGCUUGGGAGGAAACAGCAGGAAAGAAACUGCUCAUCACACCUGCAGAGAGUCAAAGGACGGUGGGAAUGAGGACGGAGAGAGACAAGACUGUGGAAGCCAAAAAAUACAAAUAGAGCGAAAGGGGAAGAAGAAAAAAAAAUGCCUAGAACAUUCAUCCGGAGAAAUGAAGAGAAUGAAAGUUUUAUGCUGCAGAGCCGUUAUAUGCUUUUCCGGCACAACAUUCUCUCCCUGCUUUUAAGCCCUUUUGCAUUUGCCCGCCGUUGACAUUAAGAGGCAUGUUCAGCGGUGCCGGCAGCAUCUCCUCUUCCUUCUCCUCUUCCUCUUCAUCCUCCUCCUCCUCCUCCUCCUUUCCCUCCUCCUUCUCCUCCCAUCAGCAGGAAGACAAACCGAGGACAGUCUUGAAAUAUCGAAAUUUCCUCCUUGGGAUUUGCCAGCGUCGCGUUGCGCCAAGACUGUCGGAAUAAAGGACGCUGACUAUUGUAUUAUUAUUUUAUUAAUUGGUCAGUGGGAAGAUUACAGAUGAGGAAAGGGGACGCCUGCCACUCUUCCUGCGCUAAGAUUGAAAAAUGAGGCUGACCUGGGGGAAGCCCUAAAAUGAAGCAAAAAGAAUAAGAUUUUUCAGGACAAAAAGCCACAGGAUCCCCCCCCCACGUAGAACACUUUUAUUUGUAUUUAAUUUUUUUUCCUCGUGCCGGUGGGGGAGGUGACUGGCGGGCUGCGGGAAGCUGCUUCCUUCCCCUUUGGAGAUGAUUGUGCUAUUAUUUUUUGCCUUGCUCUGGAUGGUGGAAGGGGUGUUUUCCCAGCUUCACUACACGGUGCAGGAGGAGCAGGAGCAUGGCACUUUCGUGGGUAAUAUCGCGGAAGAUCUGGGCCUGGACAUUACAAAACUUUCGGCUCGCAGGUUUCAGACGGUGCCCAACUCUCGGACCCCAUACUUGGACCUCAACCUGGAGACCGGGGUGCUGUACGUGAACGAGAAGAUCGACCGGGAGCAAAUCUGCAAGCAGAGCCCCUCCUGCGUCCUGCACCUGGAGGUGUUCCUGGAGAACCCCUUGGAGCUGUUCCGGGUGGAGAUCGAAGUGCUGGACAUCAAUGACAACCCCCCCUCCUUCCCGGAGCCGGACCUGACCGUGGAGAUCUCCGAGAGCGCCACGCCGGGCACCCGCUUCCCCUUGGAGAGCGCCUUCGACCCAGACGUGGGCACCAACUCCCUGCGCGACUACGAGAUCACCCCCAACAGCUACUUCUCCCUGGACGUGCAGACCCAGGGGGAUGGCAACCGGUUCGCCGAGCUGGUGCUGGAGAAGCCGCUGGACCGAGAGCAGCAAGCGGUGCACCGCUACGUGCUGACCGCGGUGGACGGGGGAGGCGGGGGAGGAGGAGGAGGAGGCGGCGAAGGAGGGGGAGGCGGCGGGGGAGGGGGCCUGCCCCCCCAGCAGCAGCGCACCGGCACAGCCCUACUCACCAUCCGAGUACUAGACUCCAACGACAACGUGCCCGCCUUCGACCAGCCCGUCUACACGGUGUCCCUGCCCGAGAACUCGCCGCCGGGCACGCUGGUGAUCCAGCUCAACGCCACCGACCCAGACGAGGGCCAGAACGGCGAGGUCGUGUACUCCUUCAGCAGCCACAUCUCCCCCCGGGCGCGGGAGCUCUUCGGGCUGUCCCCGCGCACAGGCCGGCUGGAGGUGAGCGGGGAGCUGGACUACGAGGAGAGCCCGGUGUACCAGGUGUACGUGCAAGCCAAGGACCUGGGCCCCAACGCCGUGCCCGCGCACUGCAAGGUGCUCGUGCGGGUGCUGGACGCGAACGACAACGCGCCGGAGAUCAGCUUCAGCACCGUGAAGGAAGCGGUGAGCGAGGGCGCGGCGCCCGGCACGGUGGUGGCCCUGUUCAGCGUGACCGACCGCGACUCGGAGGAGAACGGGCAGGUGCAGUGCGAGCUGCUGGGGGACGUGCCGUUCCGCCUCAAGUCUUCCUUCAAGAAUUACUACACCAUCGUGACCGAGGCCCCUCUGGACCGCGAGGCGGGGGACUCCUACACCCUGACCGUGGUGGCCCGGGACCGGGGCGAGCCGUCGCUCUCCACCAGCAAGUCGAUCCAGGUGCAGGUGUCCGAUGUGAACGACAACGCGCCGCGGUUCCACCAGCCAGUCUACGACGUGUAUGUGACCGAGAACAACGUGCCGGGCGCCUACAUCUACGCCGUGAGCGCCACGGAUCGCGACGAGGGCGCCAACGCCCAGCUCGCCUACUCGAUCCUCGAGUGCCAGAUCCAGGGCAUGAGCGUCUUCACCUACGUAUCCAUCAACUCCGAGAACGGCUACCUGUAUGCCCUGCGCUCCUUCGACUACGAGCAGCUCAAGGACUUCAGCUUCCAGGUGGAAGCGCGGGAUGCCGGCAGCCCCCAGGCGCUGGCGGGCAACGCCACCGUCAACAUCCUCAUCGUGGACCAGAACGACAACCACCAGCGCCCCAACCGCUCCGGCGGCGGGGAGACCUCGCUGGACCUCACCCUCAUCCUCAUCAUUGCGCUGGGCUCGGUGUCCUUUAUCUUCCUGCUGGCCAUGAUCGUGCUGGCCGUGCGCUGCCAAAAAGAGAAGAAGCUCAACAUCUACACGUGUCUGGCCAGCGAUUGCUGCCUGUGCUGCUGCUGUGGCAGCGGGGGCUCGACCUGCUGUGGCCGCCAAGCCCGGGCGCGCAAGAAGAAACUCAGCAAGUCGGACAUCAUGCUGGUGCAGAGCUCCAACGUAACCAGCAACCCGGCCCAGGUGCCCGUGGAGGAGUCCGGGGGCUUUGGCUCCCAUCACCACAACCAGAAUUACUGCUACCAGGUCUGCCUGACCCCUGAGUCCGCCAAGACCGACCUGAUGUUCCUUAAGCCCUGCAGCCCUUCUAGGAGUACGGACACUGAGCACAACCCCUGCGGGGCCAUCGUCACUGGCUACACUGACCAGCAGCCCGACAUCAUCUCCAACGGAAGCAUUUUGUCCAACGAGACUAAACAUCAGAGAGCAGAGCUCAGCUAUCUAGUUGACAGACCUCGCCGAGUUAACAGUUCUGCAUUCCAGGAAGCCGACAUAGUAAGCUCUAAGGACAGUGGUCAUGGAGACAGUGAGCAGGGAGAUAGUGAUCAUGAUGCCACCAACCGUGGCCAGUCAGCUGGUAUGGAUCUCUUCUCCAACUGCACCGAGGAAUGUAAAGCCCUGGGCCACUCGGAUCGGUGCUGGAUGCCUUCUUUCGUCCCUUCGGACGGGCGCCAGGCUGCCGAUUACCGCAGCAAUCUGCACGUCCCUGGCAUGGACUCUGUUCCAGACACCGAGGUGUUUGAAACUCCGGAGGCGCAGCCGGCGGCAGAGCGGUCCUUCUCCACCUUCGGCAAAGAGAAGGCCCUUCACAGCACGCUGGAGAGGAAGGAGCUGGACGGACUGCUGUCUAGUACACGAGCGCCUUACAAACCACCCUAUUUGAAUCAUUUCCAUCCUCUUUCUUAUUUUGCACAUUGGAAAUAACUUCAUUUAAGCAUUUGUCCAUCAUGUGAGCCUAACAAAGGAAGAUUAGCAAUUAAAAUAUAAAUAGAAUUAUUCACUGAAAAGGAAUAUUUACUUGGGAAUUUUUCCUGCCUCAUCAAACUGAAGAUUUAUGAGUCUAAAUUCAUUAAGUUAUAAAGAUAUUGUAAAUAGUCCGGAAUAUAAAGAUUCAAUUGCUUAUAAAUAUCAUUAAACAUCAUUUAAUACUCAA